UCCGCUAUCUGCCUCUUGAUUAAUAUCCACGAUAGCUUUCUUGACUCGAGGAGGUUGCAGCGUGUUCCUUCAGAACCAUGGCGUCAGGCGAACCAAGAGCGAAGAAACUCCGACUGUCAGAUGAGAAAAAGGAGAAGAAAACCCCAGAAAAGAAGACCCCAGAGAAAACUCCAGAGAGUUCAAGGAAAGCCCCGACCAAACUGGGCCCUAAUUCUCUGUUCGGGAUGGGGAACCCCCUGCUGGACAUCUCAGCCGUCGUGGACAAGGACUUCCUGGAGAAGUACGGUCUGAAGCCCAACGACCAGAUCCUGGCCGAGGACAAGCAUAAAGCAUUGUUUGAAGAGAUUGUCAAAAAGUUUAAAGUAGAGUACCAUGCCGGAGGAGCUACACAGAACUCUAUAAAAAUCGCCCAGUGGAUGAUCCAGGAUCCCCACAAGGUGUGUACGUUCUUCGGCUGUAUCGGAGAGGAUAAGUUUGGGGAGAUUCUGAAGCAGAAGGCAGACGAGGCCCACGUGGACGCCUACUACUAUGAGCAGACAGAGGAGCCUACAGGGACCUGCGCCGCAUGCAUCACCGGAGACAACAGGUCCCUGGUAGCUAACCUAGCGGCAGCUAACUGUUAUAAGAAGGACAAACAUCUGGACUUGAAGGAGAACUGGAAACUGGUGGAAAAAGCCAAAGUUUACUAUAUCGCUGGUUUCUUCCUGACGGUGUCUCUGGAGUCCAUACUGAAAGUGGCCAAACAUGCUUCUGAGAACAACAAGCUGUUCACUCUGAACCUCUCCGCUCCCUUCAUCUCUCAGUUCUUCAAAGAUGCCCUCAUGGAGGUCAUGCCCUAUGUGGACGUGCUGUUCGGCAACGAGACGGAGGCGGCCACGUUUUCAAAAGAGCAAGGCUUUCAGACUGAGGACAUCGAGGAGAUUGCUAAGAAGGCAGAGGCUCUGCCCAAAGUCAACAAGAAGAGACCGAGAAUCGUUGUCUUUACUCAGGGGAAGGACGGAACCAUCAUGACCAAAGGAGGUGACAAGGUGGAGACGUUCCCAGUCCUGAAGAUUGACCAGAAGGACAUUGUGGACACAAAUGGAGCCGGAGAUGCCUUUGUAGGAGGAUUCCUGUCAGAGUUGGUCCAGGACAAGGAGUUGGAACAGUGUGUGAAAGCAGGACACUACGCUGCCAACGUCAUCAUCAGACGAGCAGGAUGCACCUUCCCCGAAAAACCAGACUUCCACUGAUGACCUGUAACCUUAAUUGCUGACCUCUUACCCCUACCCCUAACCCAUCCACCCUUACCUUCCAACUGAAUGAAACCAGGUCCCCCCUGUCCUUUUUUUUCUUUCAAAUCCAUGCCUUCAUCCAAUCCAUCCAUAUAUCUGUCAUUGCUUUCAUCCCUUCUUCCCUUGUCUUUCUGCAACCAGACUUCUGUGCCUAUUCUUCUUGUCCUACGCUAGAGGAUGCUCUCGGGCCACACUGCCUGAUACAGCAGUAUCUGUUUAUACUGAUGUUCAACUGCCCUCCCUAAGAACUGCUGAAGUCUACUGCCCUCUGUAAACACAGUUAGACCUUAGGUACCAACGUAAUACUGCCGAUUCACAGUUAACUAUCAGCCUCUCAAUAAACUGUCAUGUUUACACACACUGCAGGAUGCUGCUGGAA